ACGCCCACGACCCCCCCGCUCUCUCUCUCUCUAUGCCAUCUCCGGCGGCGGCGACGCUCUCUGUGAGCGACCCAACGGCGGCGACGACGAGUUAUUUCUAAGGUUAAGUUUCUUCUUGUUUGACGGACAAAGGGUGUGAUAGCAGGAGCAAAAGCAGCUGCGUGGCUGGAGAUUUGUAGGGGUGAAUAAACCCGGUUUGGUUCGGUUUCCAGAUAAAAGGAGAAAACCGAAAUUGGUUCGGUUAAGCAUGUACGAAAACCAAACCGGUUCGGUUUAUGGUCCCUUUUUUCCUUUUAACCAGCCACUGCCUCAUUUCUGGGUAAGCCAUUAGGCAGCUGGAGAAGUAAAUUUGACUUGCUGUUGGUUGUUUCCAGAAGAAGUGCUGCCAUCAUUCUUAGAUUUGCCAUUUGAAUCAUAGCGAUGAUAGAAAAUUCUGGCAGUGUGCCCUGUUUUUCCACAAACUUGGCACACUGGCCUUGAAUUGGAAUAGGUUCUUAUUUCGGGAUUGCAUUUGACAUUGAUGGGGUUGUUCUACGUGGCCACGCUCCUAUUGAAGAAUCUCCUAAAGCUUCGAGAAGGUUGUAUGCAGACUCUGCAUCCUCUGAUAUCGAUUUAUUCACCAAAGUGAAGAUUUCAAACUAUAAAAACUGUAAAAGCAUCAUGAUGCUGCCCUUUUCUUGGUGUCUACAAACUCACUAGCACCCUUUUCCCAAAUGUUCUGAAAGUGGAAACAACUGGAUAGCAGUUUUCUCCCAAACAAUCUACCUGUCAGUUGAUAUUGGACCAACUAAUGAACAGUGGAACAGCAAGAUAUCAAUUCCUUUAUUGACAAUGAAUCAAGCUUUGAGGCCGAAACAUGUAGCUGCUGUAAUUAGAUACCAAAAUGAUCCACUAAAAGCACUAAAAAUGUUCAACCAAGUGAAAACAGAAGAUGGUUUCAAGCACACAAUGCUCACGUAUAAGUGCAUGAUUGAGAAGCUUGGGCUUCAUGGAGAGUUCGAAGCCAUGGAGGAUGUGCUUGCUGAAACGAGGAAAAAUAUUGAUAACAAAAUGCUUGAAGGAGUGUAUAUUGGAGUUAUGAGAGACUAUGGCAGGAAAGGAAAGGUUCAAGAAGCUGUAAAUGCGUUUGAAAGGAUGGACUUUUAUGAUUGUGAGCCAUCUGUUCAUUCAUAUAAUGUCAUCAUGAACAUUCUCGUUGAGUACGGGUAUUUCAAUCAAGCUCACAAAGUGUAUAUGAGGAUGAAAGAUAUUGGAAUUCAUCCAGAUGUUUAUACGCACACAAUUAGGAUAAAGUCCUUUUGUAGAACUGGUAGGCCGAGUGCUGCCCUGCGGCUGCUUAAUAACAUGCCUGGCCAAGGGUGUGAGUUCAAUGCAGUUUCAUAUUGUGCAGUGAUUGGUGGAUUUUAUGAAGAGAACCGUCAAAUUGAGGCGUAUGACUUGUUUGAAGAAAUGCUUAAGAAAGGUAUAUGCCCUGAUAUUUUAACAUUCAAUAAGCUCAUUCAUAUUCUUUGUAAGAAGGGAAACGUUCAAGAAAGUGAAAAACUUGUCAACAAGGUACUGAAGAGGGGAGUGUGCCUAAAUUUGUUUACAUACAAUAUCUUUAUUCAGGGUCUUUGUAGAAAAGGUGCCAUUGAUGAAGCUGCUAGAUUAUUGGAGAGUAUCGUAUCAGAAGGUCUAACUCCUGAUUUAGUUUCAUAUAACACGUUGAUUUGUGGAUUCUGUAAACAUUCAAAGUUAGAAGUAGCAGAGUGUUAUAUGCGUAAGAUGGUGAAUAAUGGGUUUGAGCCCAAUGAAUUUACCUAUAAUACAAUUAUUAAUGGAUUUUGUAAAAAUGGUAUGAUGCAAAAUGCAGAUAAAAUUCUCCGUGAUGCAAUGUUUAAGGGGUUCGUGCCUGAUGAAUUUACGUAUAGCUCUUUAAUUGAUGGAUUAUGCCAGGUCGGUGAUAUGGACCGAGCCAUGACUGUAUUUAAUGAGGUAUUGGGAAAAGGAUUAAAGCCUAGCAUUAUUCUCUAUAAUACACUGGUCAAAGGAUUAUCCCAGCAGGGGCUUAUUUUGCAGGCCUUGCAGCUAAUGAAGGAUAUGACAGAACAUGGUUGUAACCCUGAUAUUUGGACUUACAAUCUAGUCGUGAAUGGGCUGUGCAAGAUGGGUUGUUUAUCUGAUGCCAGUCAAGUUUUGAAUGAUGCUAUUGCCAAAGGUUGUAUUCCUGAUAUAUUUACCUUUAAUACAUUGAUUGAUGGUUACUGUAAACAACUAAACUUGGAUAAAGCCAUUGAUAUUUUAGACACAAUGUUGAGUCAUGGUAUAACUCCUGAUGUGAUCACGUAUAAUACACUCUUAAAUGGCCUUUGCAAGGCGAGAAAGCUAGAAAAUGUGGUGGACACUUUCAAAGUGAUGAUUGAGAAGGGGUGUAUACCGAACAUUAUUACAUAUAACAUAUUGAUUGAAAAUUUUUGUAAAGCUCAAAAAGUUGGCGAAGCAAUGGACUUGUUUCAAGAGAUGAAAGCUAGAGGUUUGACUCCUGAUAUUGUUACUGUUUGCACCUUGAUCUGUGGCUUAUGCAGUAAUGGUGGGCUGGAUGAAGCAUAUCAGCUUUUUUUGAAAUUGGAAAAAGAAUUCAAAUUCUCAUAUUCAACACCUAUAUUCAACAUUAUGAUCAAUGCUUUCUGUGAAAAACUACAUGUAAGUAUGGCAGAAAAGCUCUUUCAUAAGAUGGGUGGUUGUGGCUGUACUCCAGACAAUUACACCUACCGCAUCAUGAUAGAUGCUUACUGCAAAACAGGGAACAUUGACCCUGCAUACACUUUUCUCCUGGAAAAUAUCAAUAAAGGGUUGGUUCCAUCAUUCACAACUUGUGGAAGGGUCUUAAACUGUCUUUGUGUAAAGCACAGAUUAAGUGAGGCAGUGGCUGUUAUAAACCUCAUGGUACAGAGUAGCAUUGUUCCGGAAGAAGUGAAUUCAAUUUUUGAAGCUGAUAAGAAGGAGGUGGCCGCACCUAAAAUUGUUGUAGAAUAUCUAAUGAAGAAGUCCCAUAUCACAUACUAUAGUUAUGAGCUGUUAUAUGAUGGAGUUCGGGAUAGAAAGUUGGAGAAGAAAAAGUUCAAGAAAAUCCCUUCCCUAGGUUCAGAAAAGAGGUACUCGAAUCUUCAAAGACCUAUUUAAAAGAUCAUAAUGUGAAGCAGAAGUUAUUAGAUGUCACAUAUGGUACAUAAAAGAUGCUGAUAAACAAUGUUUCAUACACGUUAACCUUAUUGAUUCUUAAUAACUUAUGAUUGACUGGUGCUAUCGGGAUGGUAUAAGCUGUCUUCUUUUGGGUGGCGUGGCUUUCUUGGGAACCCUUAAUCGCACUGGCAAGCCAGAAAGAUGGAUUUCCUACAGUUUCAUAAAUUGAAGACAUAUAGUUAUGUGAUCUUUUACGAAUUCUGGAAGUACCGAGGUGUAAAAGCUCAGGCAACAAGGUAGUGAAAAACUGCAGGCUGAUGUAUAAGGAUAAUUAUGCAUUUUACCAUUUAAAAUGUAUAGAUGAAAUUAGAGAUUCUGAUCAGAAUUAAAAAUGGGAUGUGAACUUUGGCAUCAUUUUAUUUGCAGGCCACUUGUCGGUCUUGUCUAUCCUCUAUAUGCCUCAAUCAGAGCCAUCAAGACCAAAUAUCCCACCGACGAUCAGCAAUGGCUUACUUACUGGGGUUUGCACUCCAUGAUUACUCUCUUCGAGCUGACCUUCUCCAAGAUUCAUGAAUGGGUUCCAUAUGGCCAUAUGCAAAAUGGUUCUAUUCUGUUGGUUGUCCGACUUCAGCGGAGCUGCGCAUGUGUAGGAGCAUUAUCUGAGACCCCUAAUGGUGAACCAGCAGAGAGUGAACGUUUGGUAUGUUCCAAAGGGAAAGGAGCCUUUGAACAAGCGCAUACAGUGCAUGAACUUUAUGGUUCAAAUACAGCUGGGAUGAAUAUAGGUUGGAAAAAGUGAAGUUCCUGAUGAAGGGAAUUCAAGGAGUACUCCAAGCUUGAUAAAUUGAAGGCAGAGCGUUUGGAUGAUGAUAGCUUACUGAUAUUUAAAAGUGAAUUGGUGCGAGGUGUCAUAGAUAAGGCUCAAUUUGGUGACUAUGGCUUAGUGCAUACAGUGCAUGAGCUUUACGGUUCAAAUACAGCUGGCCUGUUGCUUUCUGUAAUGAGUCGUUUGUUCACCAUUUUUCUUCAGAUUGGGCUCACAUGUGGAGUAGACGAUCUUUUGCUGUUAGAAUGUAUGGACAAGGAGAGGGUGGAGAAACUCCAAAUCCGCGGUGAACAGGUGCAUCUUGGAUUUCUUAUGGUCAAGGAUGGAGAAAAUUUAGGUAUCUUUCGUCUUCGCCGUUAGGGCUCGAUGCAUAAAGUUAUCGUAAUUAAUAAGUAUUAGCAAUGGAUAUAUUGUAGAAAUUGUUUGUGUACUUUUUAAAGUUGGUAGUUUGCCUCCCCUCCCCUCCAGUCUCAUGUGAAGAUAUUUCACAAAAGACCUUACCGUGCUCAUCUUAGGAUUGGGCAUCACCAGCUGGAGGGUUUAUUGUUGAUCGCUUUCUUACUGGUCUUCGACCUCGAGAAUAUUACUUCCAUUGAACCCCAAGUGGCAGCCCAGUUGGUAAGAGUUUGGUAUCUAGGUUCAGUGGUUUCAAGUUUGAAUCUUCUGGUGAGCUUAAUACUAAAAAUCAUUAAUGUCUCCCGAA